GGGUCCCCGCGCUGCCCCACGCCGCGCCGCGCCGGCGCCGGGCUGCAGGAUGGGCUGUAUCCAAAGCAUCACCUGCAAGGCGCGGAUCCGGCGCGAGAACAUCGUGGUGUACGAUGUGUGCGCCACCAUCGACCAGUGCCCCACGCGCAUCGAGGAGACCUCGCCCAUCGUCCUGCGCUACAAGACCCCCUACUUCAAAGCCUCGGCCCGCGUGGUCAUGCCCCCCAUCCCCCGCCACGAGACCUGGGUCGUGGGCUGGAUCCAGGCGUGCAACCAGAUGGAGUUCUUCAACACCUACAGCGACCUGGGCAUGUCCAGCUGGGAACUGCCUGACCUGAGGGAAGGAAGAGUAAAAGCCAUCAGUGACUCAGAUGGGGUGAGCUACCCUUGGUAUGGGAACACCACAGAAACUGUGACCCUGGUUGGCCCCACCAACAAGAUCUCCAGGUUCUCCGUCAGCAUGAAUGACAAUUUCUACCCUAGCGUGACAUGGGCAGUGCCAGUGAGUGACAGCAAUGUGCCACUGCUCACAAGAAUCAAGAGGGACCAAAGUUUCACUACCUGGCUGGUGGCCAUGAACACCACCACGAAAGAGAAGAUCAUUCUGCAGACCAUCAAGUGGAGGAUGAGGGUGGACAUUGAGGUGGACCCUCUCCAGCUGUUGGGGCAGCGGGCCCGGCUGGUGGGCAGGACUCAGCAGGAGCAGCCCCGGAUCCUGAGCCGGAUGGAACCCAUUCCCCCAAAUGCACUAGUGAAGCCCAAUGCCAACGAUGCCCAAGUCCUCAUGUGGAGGCCCAAGCGGGGGCCACCUCUGGUUGUGAUUCCUCCUAAGUAGAAGCGGACUGGCCUGACUGUGUGGAGCACAUGCCGCUGAGACACGCAGGGAGGUUGCCAGGGGUGGCAGGAGCCAAACUGAGUUUCUGAGCCAAAGCAGACCUCUUGGUUUGCCAGCCUUUGCAGCUGCUUGUGAAGAGUACAGCUGCUCCUUGGGUGGUAGAACCAUAAUCCUUAGGAAAAGUCCUUUCCUUUUAGGAAUAAAGAAAUCACUGAUUUGACAGACUUGCUGUGAUUACCAUGCAAGUAGCCAUAUUUUGCAGCUGACCAGGAUGAUUCCUUUAUUUGAACUAUUGACCAUUUCUUUCCUGUGAGAUGCAGGGGAUGGAAAUGAAAUUAAACAGUGCCUGUGGCGAAUGCUGCUUCCCAACCAAUUAGAAGUGGGAGUGAAAACAUCUACACGAGAUGUUCGUCUCCUAGUAAGACAAGGCAAAGCCCAGCAAGCAGAACCACAUGGCAGAGACUGAGGAGGAAGAAAUGCACACUGGCUGGUGGCUCCAGAAGCUGAAGCCCUGAACCGCUGGUUCCCUUUAAAUCGAGUGCCAUCCUGCCUAUCUCCUCGCCACCCUCCCAUCCUGUGACCAGUACCUCUUGUCCACCCUACCAUAUGCCCAGCUGGGCUGGCUGGUUGGCUGGUGGGGAGCUGUGUUGAGGUGGGGCUGUGCCUGCCGUAUCUUUUUUGUGUAUAGAAAAGAUUGGGUUGAUCCAGACCUCAAGUCUCUCCCAAGCCCACCAAGUGAAGCUUCCCAAGGACAAAGAGCUGAUCAACCUGGACUUCAAAUAGCUAACAUGGCCCAGCCUCCUGUCCCUCCACUCUGGGGUGGGAAAUAGGAGUGUGUGUCUCCUCUCCUCCCAUUCCACCUGGACGGCUAGUGUUAAUAGUCUUUUGUGCUUUCUCUAAGGUCUCCAAUCCUUGGAGAAACAGGGCCAAAGCAGUGCUUUCCCCUACCGUGGCCAGGCUGGGUUCCUUCAGGUGGCCAAGGACAGAGUAUGCAUCCUCAGGAUCGGUGGGGCAAGCAGCGAACUACCCUAAGAAAAAACAUUGUGCACUGUUUUAUUUAUUGAUUUGCUUAUUUAUUUAUUGGCAUACCUACUGGUUUAAUUUAUUUAUGAAAUAUGUAUUUAUUACACAGCAGAAAAUCCACUUCCAUCUUUGAAGCAUCAACCCCAGAAUUUGUCUUCUUGGCCCCAUAGAGCACAGUGAAUGAUUCCUCUUUUAAAGAUACAGGAAAGAGGGGAAAGCCUCUCCUUUGCCCAAACACUUUCUCCCCAGCCAAGUUUUUCAACCAGAAAUGGCAUUAGAAACCACCAGCUAGAAGGGCUGGAAAGCCACCACACAAAUCAGCACAGGCUUGGGUUACCAAGACCGAAGCUCUGAGUCUUCCCAGCCCACUCCUCUUGUACAUGUCCUCCCCUUCACAUAUUUCCCUGACUUGGCUGGGGCCUGGCCCUCCAACUCCAACCUGAGCAUCAGUCCUCAUCCCACUUUGGGCCACAUGUCUGUCACCAGAUGCACAUUAGAAACCUCUGAGGAGCUAGAAAGGGUGUCCAUGCCUAUCUCUCCAAAACAGUUACAGCAGAAUUUCCAAGGGUAGAGGUCGGGCAUCCAUGCUUUGUAAGUUCCCCCGGAUAACUCCUUUGUGAAAAUAGAGUUAAGAAGUAUUUCCAGUGUCUUCUGUCCUUCACCCCUUCACACUACCCAGAUCCCAUCCUGUCAUUGCCAAGCUUCCUCUGGAGUCCUCCCAUUCCUCCAGCUGACCUCUCUGGCAGAGCCCUGGAGCCAAAUGCUAAGAGUGGGACCUGCUCCCUGGUAGGUAAUUUCCAGCUUUUCUAGGAGCAGAAACCUGUUCUCUGCCCAGAUUCUAUCUCCUCCUGCACCUCCCCCAGUCUUCCAAACUCUGGAAAUUGCAAAGGGCACAUUGUUGACAUUCCUGUUUCAAUCCUAUCCUGCUCCUAAUAGUAAGAACCAUGCCAGUCUUUACAAUCCAAGGCUUAACCAUUUCUGCAGAGCCAUCUCAAUAAAAAGUCUCCUGGUGACCAAGGAAGUGGUCCCAUUGUCCCCAAACCAAGUCCUUUGCCCUAAAAUCUGGCAGCAGCCACCCCACAUCCAAAUUCUAGCUGGCUAAGAAGAGGCGUCUUACCCUUCACAUUUAUUAGAGGCACACUGCUGAGUGUGAGUAAAUGUGAGUGUGUGUGUAUGUGUGUAUUUAGUGUCCAGCUGUACACUAUCCAGAGAUGCUGAUUGCAACAUUUGCCAUGAAAGCAAUUGAGGAUUUUACAGUCACAGGGGACUGGUACUGUGUUUAGAAUGGGCUCAAGUAAAUCCCAUAUUCUGUAGUCACACAGAAGGUUGUAAUAUAUAAAGACUGCUGGGCACAGUAUACACACACACACAGUGUCUAAAGAAGCCUGUUAUGUGAGAAGAGCUCAUCUUGCUAUCCCUCCUCCCUCUAAGUAAUUUCCAGGGGCAAGCAUUAGGUUGCACCCCUCAUCUGCCCUGCCCCUCCCCAUCCUUCAUUCAUGCCACCAGGCCACCUUUCCUAUUACCUUUAGUCAGUAUGUCCCGGCCCCAAGUCUCAUCUCUCAGGGUCCUGCUCUCUGACAGGUGGCAAUUCAGCAGGGGGUGCUAAAGAGUUAGGCGUUAGUUUCCCAGGUGACAUUUAUGUUUUAAAGGGGCUAUAGAUAAUGCCUUAAUCCAGAGGAGAGCUUUGGUGGAAAUUCCAGGCACAGAAGAGGGCCUGUAAGGGAGUUUAUUUUAUCAGAAGGGCAUUUCAGAGCACCCACGUCAAAGCCAUCUCUCAGAUCAGCCCUUCCUAAGCACGUGGGCACAAGCAAGCACACUUAACUAAUGCAGGUAUUCCGUAAUUUUAAGGUACCUCCCCUUACAUUGGCCCUAUCCUUAAAAAUGGGGGAGGAGUUAAAUUAAUUUAAACCUCAUUGAGUAAUGUAGCCUAUUCCUCACUGAGCACCAGCCAUCUGGUCUACCCCACCCUGUUCCACUUCCUCCCGGCUCCUCUUUUCUGCUACUGCAGCAUCUGUUAACUUGCUCAUGUGUCCGUUCUGCACUCUCCUUCCCUGCUCCUCUGUAUGUCCAUCCUUCCCUGCUCCCCCUGGAAUUGUGCUGUUUGUCAGUGUUGUCGAGGACAGAAGAGCAGGUUAAGCGCAUGAGCAUGUGUGUAUCGCUUUGAAGAAAGAGAAACCAGGUAUUCUGCUACAGUUCGGAGAAAAACCCACUGAAGGGGGAGAUGAAAGCUGGCUCUGCAGAGUGCCUUAAAAUGACUUUACUUAGGAAAUUCUGAGUUGUCAGUCUUUGGAUGUUACGUGAGCUCAAACGGAUGUUGCAUUUCACUUCUCUGGGAUUAAAAGAAGUUAAAUACAGUAUGUAUUCAACAACAACAACAAA